GAGCCCCUGGAGUGAGUGGCUGAAGCUCCUCGGGGAGCACCUGAGGGGAGACGCAGACAGCCCUGCAGAAGUGGAACUCAGAAGAAAAGAAACCUCCCGCGGAGGGAGUAGAGAUGCCAACAGUCACGUGCUCGGGUCACCCUCGCAGCCCGCUACCAGGUCCCCUCCCGCCGGGCCGGGGUUGCUAGGCAAUCGGUCAACUGCGCUGCUCUCAGCCGUUUGAGGAGCUUCUGAAGCCGAGGACUUGGCUUGGGUGUUUGCCGGCUGGCGGAGCGGCCAGGAGGAGCCGACACAGGAUAAGGGGCGGGCGCCAGGAGGCCGUCCACAGCUGGAGAACAGCGGAGAGAGGAGGAGAGAGACUCCCAAGGCUGCCGUCACCAUGGAGAUCGUGUACGUGUACCUCAAGAAGCGCAGCGAGUUUGGGAAGCAGUGCAACUUCUCAGACCGCCCAGCCGACCUGGACAUCGAUAUCCCCCCCAGCCCCGAGCUGGCCACGCUGUACGUGGAGCGGAACCCGGUGGACACGGGCAUCCAGUGCUCAGUCAGCAUGUCAGAACACGAGGCCAACACAGAGCGGUUCGAGAUGGAGACCCGGGGUGUUAACCACGUGGAGGGGGGCUGGCCCAAGGACGUGAACCCCCUGGAGCUGGAGCAGACGAUCCGCUUCCGGAAGAAAGUGGAGAAGGACGAGAACUACAUCAACACCAUCACACAGCUUGGCUCGAUCAUGGAGCACUGCAUCAAGCAGAACAAUGCCGUCGACAUCUACCAGGAGUAUUUCGACGACGAGGAAGAAGUGGAGGUGACCGAAGAGGCCUCUUCAGCUAAAACCAUCAAUGUUUUCAGAGAUCCCCAGGAAAUCAAACGGACGGCCACACACCUCUCCUGGCACCCGGAUGGCAACCGGAAGUUGGCAGUAGCAUAUUCUUGUUUGGAUUUUCAGCGGGCACCUGCAGGCAUGAGCCACGAGUCCUACAUCUGGGACCUGGAAAACCCCAAUAGGCCUGAAAUGGCCCUGAAGCCAUCUUCUCCACUGGUAACCUUGGAGUACAACCCCAAAGAUUCACACGUGCUCCUGGGGGGCUGCUACAAUGGGCAGAUAGCCUUCUGGGACACCAGGAAGGGCAGCCUGGUGGCAGAGCUGUCCACCAUUGAGUUCAGCCAUCGAGACCCCGUGUACGGCUCCAUCUGGCUGCAGUCAAAGACAGGCACUGAGUGCUUCUCGGCAUCCACAGAUGGGCAGGUCAUGUGGUGGGACAUCCGCAAGAUUAGCGAGCCCACCGAGGUGGUGAUCCUGGACAUCACCAAGAAGGAACAGCUGGAAAACGCCUUGGGGGCCAUCUCCCUGGAGUUUGAGUCUACCUUGCCAACCAAGUUCAUGGUGGGCACUGAGCAGGGCAUCGUCAUUUCCUGCAACCGCAAGGCCAAGACAUCGGCCGAGAAGAUUGUGUGUACUUUCUCGGGCCACCAUGGCCCCAUCUACGCCCUUCAGAGAAACCCCUUCUACCCAAAGAACUUCCUGACGGUUGGGGACUGGACGGCCCGCGUCUGGUCUGAAGACAGCCGGGAGUCAUCCAUCAUGUGGACCAAGUACCACAUGGCUUAUCUCACGGACGGUGCCUGGAGCCCCGUGAGGCCGGCAGUGUUCUUCACUACCAAGAUGGAUGGGACCCUGGACAUCUGGGACUUUCUGUUCAAGCAGUCUGACCCUGCCCUCAGCCUGAAGGUGUGUGACGAGGCCCUCUUCUGCCUCCGGGUACAGGACAACGGCUGUCUCAUUGCCUGUGGCUCCCAGCAGGGGACGACCACCCUGCUGGAAGUCUCCAGUGGGCUCUCCACCCUCCAGAGGAAUGAGAAGAACAUAGCUUCUUCCAUAUUUGAACGAGAAACCCGGCGGGAGAAGAUCCUGGAGGCCAGGCAGAAAGAGAUGCGGCUGAAGGAGAAAGGCAAGGCGGAGGGCAAGGACGAAGACCAGAAGGACGAGGAGCUGGCCACCAACCUGGAGGAGAUGGUCGCCAAGGCUGAGCAGGAGUUCUUCGACAUCGUCUUCACGGAGCUGAAGAAGAAGGAGGCGGAGGCCAUGCAUAAGACAGCAAAAGCCCAAAAGAAACAGAGUUUGGAGAUGGACGAGGAGGCGGAGGAAGACAAUGUCGGGGAGGAAGGAGGAGGCGAGGAAGAGAAGUCAGCCUAAGUGGACCCUGCGUGUCCCUUCUGUGCCUUCUUGGUACUGCCCUGGUGUGACCUUGCAAGUGGGGAGCUGAGCUUUUCCUUAAAGCAUGAUUGUGGAGAGCACUUCGGGGCACUGACCGCCUCCGCCCUACGAAUCACUGGACCACACUGGAGCCCAGUCCUGUGCCACCCUCACAGAGAGGAAAGUGGCAGGGCUGGGACCACUAGGAGGCCCACUUCACGGAGGGCACACACAGCCUUCGGCUCUGGUCCUGGGUGUCCCCCUGGCUACCACUCCUUCCAGGCUCCCAGUCAGCCUCUUCUUUUGGAAGCUCACAGCCUCAACCCAGGCUCUCCCUGGCCACAACAGCCUUGCAAAGCCCUGCGGAGGGGAAAGGCUUUUUACUCUUCCCUCCCCACCCUCCUCACCCACCUAAAGUCUGUCCCAAGUGCCUUUCCACACAGCCGCAUUAGAGGCCUCUUAGCCUGCUGCCCCCGAAAGCCUGGGAGGAGAGAGCUUAUUCACGAGCACCCACAGGCUUUCUGUUUCCUCCAUUCUGGUACCAUUAAAUUAAUAGCAACAA